UCUCUAUCUCUCAUUCUCCGAACUUUGCUUUUUGAAGUGAAACAUCGCAUUUCGUGUUUUCGUACUCGUUUUCUUUGGUUAGUGCCAUGUGCUCAAACGGAAAUUCCAUCUUUAAGGAAUUUAAUGCAGAUGAAUUGGCAAACGAAGCCACCGUAGUCGAAUCGUUAUGCAUGCAAUGUUACGGCAAUGGUAUUACAAGAUUACUUCUUACAAAGAUUCCUUACUAUAAAGACGUCGUAAUAAGUUCAUUUACAUGUAAGAGUUGUGGAUAUUGGAAUAAUGAAAUUAAACCUGGUGGUCCUAUACCAGAAAAAGGGAUUCGAUAUAAUUUAAAUGUUUGUGAGAGUAGUGAUUUAAAUCGGAAGGUGGUUAAAAGUGAUUAUGCAAGUGUUAAGAUAUUGGAAUUAGAUUUUGAGGUUCCUGCUAAAAGUCAAAAAGGCGAAAUUACAACUGUCGAAGGUGUUAUUGAUCGGAGUAUAAGUGGUUUAAAGCAAGAUCAAGAUACACGAAGAGUUGAACAUCCUGAUAUUGCUAAACAAAUCGAUGAAUUUGUAGGAAAAUUAGAAAAAUUGAAAAAUUUAGAGUCACCUUUUACAUUGAUAUUGGAUGAUAUCUCAGGAAAUAGUUUCAUUGAAAAUCCAUUCAUUCCAGGAAAAGAUCCUCGAUGUAUUAUUCAUAAUUACAUUCGUACCAAAGAACAAGAUCAUGAAUUAGGUGUUUUUACACAUGAAGAAGUUGAUGAAAACAACCCCAUUCUUCAUCCAAUUCAAGAAAACGAAAAUUUAUUACAAGACUUACAAGGGGAAGUUUUACAAUUUCCAACAAAUUGCAAUAAUUGUGGGGCUUUAUGUGAAACUAACAUGAAAGUUACAAAUAUUCCACAUUUUAAAGAUGUUGUGAUAAUGGCCACUUUAUGUGAAAAAUGCGGAAAUCGUACUAAUGAAGUUAAAUCAGGUGGAGGAAUUGAACCUCAUGGAGUUCACAUUGAAGUUGAUAUUCAUGGAAAAGAAGAUUUUUCACGUGAUUUACUUAAAUCUGAAACAUGUUCAUUGUCAAUUCCUCAAUUGGAUUUGGAAGUAGGCCCUUGGGCUCUUGGAGGUAGAUUUACUACAGUGGAAGGUUUAUUAACAGCUGUAAAAGAUCAAUUGAGUGAUCCUCGUUAUAAUCACAUGGUUGGAGAUUCUCAAGAUACCGAACAGAAAGAUAAAUUGCAAGAGUUUAUGACUAAAUUUAAUGAGAUAUUAGAAGGUAAAAGGAUGGUUACCGUUAUUUUGGACGAUCCCGCAGGAAAUAGUUAUAUUCAAAGUUUAAAAGAUGAUGAUCAACUCGAUGAUAACUUGAGAGUUACAAAAUAUGAAAGGAAUUUUGAUCAGAAUGAAGAACUUGGUUUGAAUGAUAUGAAAACUGAAAAUUAUGAAGAAAAUUAACUGAAUUGUAGAUUAAGAAAAAGUAAUAUAUUUGAAAUAAAUUCAGAACAUAAUAUAAAAAA